AUGCUGCAGAGAGCAGCAGCAGCAGCGGCAGCAGCUGCGCACGCUGCUGCACCUGCUGCUGCUGCUGCUCUCGCUGCUGCUGCUGCUGCUGCUCGGAAGCCCUACGCGGCCACGCAUCUUUCAACUGCAGCCGUAGAGGCUGCGAGCAGAGACUGCAGCAGCAGCAGCAGCUACUGCAGCCACAGCAGAAGCAGUAGCAGCUACUGCAGCAGCAGCAGCAGCAGACCCUUUGGCGGGAGCAGCAGCAGCAACACUGCCUCUGGCCAUCCUGGCAGUGCUGCUCUCGCUCUAAGGCAGCAGCUGCUCCUCCUGUCCAUCCGUGCUGCAGCAGCAAACUCAGCAGCAGCAACAGCAGAAGCAGCAGCAGGGCAGCAGCGGCACCUGCCGCUCGACGUCAGUGUAGAGCUGCUUGGCCGUCUCGAUGGUUUGUGUCAGCAGGCAUUGCUGCUGCUGCAUGCAGCAGCAGCAGCAACAGCAACAACCGCAGCAGCAAAUGCUGCUGCGGCUGCAGCAGAAGCAGCUUCUGCUAGUCCAAAAGCAGCAGCAGCAGCAGCAAACUAUUCUGCUGCAGAUGUUGUGUGGCUUGAGAGUGUAGUGCCACUGGUGCAGCAGCUAGCUGCUGCAGCUUUGCCUCCAAGGCAGAAGCAGCAGCUGCAGCUGCUGCAGCUCUUGCGGCAGCUGCUGCAGCAGCCUGACUUGCUGCUGCACUUGAGUCCUGCUGCUGCAGCGGCGCUUGCUGCUGCUGUCGGUCAUCUAGGCCUGCUGCAGGGUGCAGCAGCAAAAGCUGUUGCUGCUGCGCUGCUGCAGCAAGUGGACAAACUGCCACCACUGCUUCUGCUGGAGGUGGCUGCAGCAAUUGGACCUGCCCUGCAGCAGCAGCAGCAGCAGCAGCAGCAGCACGUGCUGCAGAAGCUGCAGCGCAAGCUGAAGCAGCAGCUGCAGCGAAACAAAGCAGCUUGCGAGAGCAGCAGCAUCAGCAUAAUAAGGUGUCUGUACACCCGAGCCGCUGUUGGGGGCCUCACAUCUUCCGAAGGAGAGCAGCUGCAGCAGCAGCUGCUGCAGCAGCUGCAGCAGCAGCCGCUGCUAGACAAUGAAGAGCUGGUGCAAGCAGCAGCAGCAGCAGCAGCAGCGCGCUGCCGAAGCGAGAUGCUGCUAGUGCAGCUCUGCCGGCAUUUGCUGCUGCGGCUGGGGGGGCCCGACUUGCUGCAGCAAGACCAGCAGCAACAACAGCAGCAGCAACAGCAACAGCAGCAACAGCAGCAGCAGCAAGGCGUCAUGCCGGCGCAGCUGCAACAGCUGCAACAGCAAGACCUGGCGCAGUUUUUGCUGCAGCUGCUGCUGCUGCAGCGUUUUGGGCCCCCGGGAAUGGAGGGGAGGCCUUUGGCGUUCUGCAUCCACGUGGCUCUGCUGCCUCACUUGCAUGAGCUGCCUGCUGCUUCGCUGCAGCUGCUGCUGAGCGCGCUGGAGCUGCUGUCACUCCAGGCGCCCCGUCGAGUGCAACAGCAGCAGCAGCAGCAGCAGCAAAGCUUCCGUGCUUUGCUGCUGUUGGCGGUGCAUGCAGCCGAGGUAGCAGCAGAACAGCAGACGCAGCGGCUGGGGGCGACCCAAGCUGCAACUGCCACUGCUGCUGCUGCUUCUGAAUGCAGCACUGACAGCAGCAAGCGGCAGCAGCAGCAGCAGCAGGAAAAAGCUGCACUGCUUCCCCUCGUGCCCCGUCUCGCACUGGCUGCUCGGCACUCUGUAGAAGAGCUCUCCAGGCAUUUCGCGCUGCAGCGGACCUUUUUGCUGCAGCAGCAGCAGCAGCAACAGCAGGAGCAGCCGCAGCAGAUAACAGCAGAACCAGGACAGGCAGCGCCUGCGAAGCAGCACCUCUCGCCAGGGACUGCUGUCGCCGCCAGGCUCAUUGCAGGAGCUAGCAGCAGCAGCAGCAGCAGCAGAAGCAGCAGCAGCAGCAAAGAGCUACAGAGUGUUGCAGAAGCCGCUGUGGAGACUCUGAAA